ACAUUUUUCAUUUUUUUAAAAAUAAAACUAAUCUUAAGGCCCUAAGUUAUUAAUAUUUUCAGUUGUUGAGUUUUUGGAGAUGCAAAACACAACAAUAUAGGAACAGAAUAUGUGGAACAUACACCGAUGGCCUGAGUGAUCAAUUCUUCAAAUUGAUGAUGAUGCCUAGUUAGUCAUGUUAGCGGAUCUUGGACAACUUGACCAUUCACCAACUCAACUCGGGACUACUCGACUGGUGGGACAUCAAGCCAUUGAAGCCUACCCAGGCGUGCAAUUUUCCUCAUAUCAGCUGAUUUCUUCAUUUUUCACUUCACGCUCAUGCCAUUGAAAAUUGAAAAACACUGGAAGUUGUCCAGUUGUGAAUCUGUUAAUUUUCCCAACAUGAUAUAUAGAGUUCAUUUAAUCGUUCGGCAGCAUUUUAUCAUCCGUUUCCUUAAGUUGGCAGCAUCAACGUUACUUAAAAAAACAAGUUCUUAGAAGUAUUUCAUAGAAUUGUGAACGUCAAAGCUUGAUCACUCAUCAUUUUGCCAUCAAGAAACUUUCACCUCCAGCAGCUGCAGUGCAAUCGAUCCCAGGUGUUCGUUAUCCAUUUCUAAUGCACAGUUAUUGUACAUGUAAAUCUUUUGCACUCUGCAUGCUUGCCACGCGCGUGUCCUGCGUGUGUCGUGUAUUGGUACAGAUAAUUCAAUGCCAUGUGAUCAAUGAUCCACCAAUCAGACGACCGGCAUUUUUGCAGGUGUUGUAUAAUAUUUUGCGGUCAUUCCUCCGAAUGAAUUACUCCAAUGCACAUGUACUGUAAAUUACAUUUAUUAUAGCAUUCGGGACAUGACGUAAAAAAGAUGUGAACAUCUUGCAGGAGAUAAGGAAACGUGCACGUAAUUAAUGCUGGUAUCAUUUACAGACCCACCAUACUUGAAAUGUUUACAGUAAACAGCAUGUGAGGGACAGUACAUCAUUUGUAUGCAACACACACAUGUACACAGUUACACGGUUACCAGUACAUGAACACAUAGGGGACGUCAGAGUGGACGUACAUGCUAUCAGUGACUGUUGUUCCCAACCAAUCAGAAUGCAUGCUGUUGUGCAGAAUUCAGUCACCUGAAGAACAAACCUCAGCCCGUCAUUGAGAGGAACAAGCAGAAACAAAUUGCAUCUUACAUUUCAAGACAUGUACAUUUACGGCAUCUGGUGCAGUGUACUCAGUCUCUGUGUCAAUUGUUGUACAGUCCAUCUCGUACAAAGAGGCAGAGGAACUAGUUUUCUACAAAUUUUAAUGGACUGUACACAUCUGUGAGACACCAGGAGCAGUUGUGUCAUAUGGAACGCUGCAUGUGACCACCUUCAUAUUUUCUGCAUUACACUUGAUCUCAGCUCUAGGAUUUUGGAUGCUGCUCUCUGGUGUCGGUAAGCAUCUGGCCUCUUCCUGGUGUUGUCGUCGGCCCGCUUCCGCCCUCUCCUUACUGACCGUCUCCUUCCUUGCGGUGCGCACCUUGUGUAGCGGGGACCGUGGUGCGUUUAUGUGUGGGAAUUCGGCAUCCAGCAUGGCGAAACCUGUGAUUGUUCCAGCAAAGGGAUCUCACACUGCAUCCCUUAUAUUUCUGCACGGGCUCGGGGACACAGGGCAUGGAUGGGCCUCAGGUCUUGAAGAGGUUGUUAGAUCAGCUGGUCUACAUCAUGUUAAAAUCGUAUGUCCCACUGCGCCUACCAUUCCAGUGACAUUAAACAUGGGGUUCCGAAUGCCGGCAUGGUUUGACAUUACAAGCCUCAGCUUUGACGAAGAUCAAGAUCAAGACAGAAUCACAGAAUCAAGUAAACUUUUAAACAAUUUAAUCGAUGAAGAAGAAAAGAGUGGCAUCCCGAGCAAUCGUAUAGUCAUCGGAGGAUUCUCACAAGGGGGAGCCAUCGCCUUAUACACCGCCCUCACCACCGAGCGCCAACUAGGCGGUGUUCUUGCACUCAGCACGUGGCUACCUCUACACACAAAAUUCCCUGGGGCAUUUGUAGGCUCGAGACGGGACUACCCUGUCUUACAGUGCCAUGGGGAUUCAGAUCCAGUCGUAAAUAUGCAGUAUGGCGUCAUGACAAGCACGUUGUUGAAGGAGCAGUUCUGCAGUAACCACACCUUCCGGCAAUACCCUGGCUUGGGGCACAGCAGUUGUCCUCCUGAAAUGAAGGAUUCUGCAGAUUUCCUUGUGAAAGUGCUGCCCAGCGCCUCAUCCAAGAAUUGACAUCGACUCUGAGCUUUCUCAAUUCAAAGGAUCAGAUGGGCCUGGAACUACCAUCUUGGCAAUACUAGGUUUUGUCCUUUUUUUUUCCCCGGUAAAAAAACAAUUGAUUGAUAUACAUUUCUUGUAAUUUUCAGCAUCGUAUUUUAAUCCGUUUUUUUUAACUGCAUCUAGAAAACACUUUUAAUUUUUAUCAUCAUCCAUUCAAUGAAGGAAGGCUAUCAUGAACAGAUUCCAUGUCAAACUUGAACAAUUAAAAUAAUCAUCGUUAUGCUUAUUCACAGUCAUGGCUGCCUGCUCAGUAAUAGUGUGUUAAAGCAUCUCACGAGCAUGCCGUUUAAGCAAUGAUACAAUGGUUUUUCAAAAUAGGAUGGUAGACAUGACAUAUACUUUUAAAAAACCUGCCUUAGACCCUCGGUUGUCACUUGAGUCAAAAGCCUCAGCAGCGACUCUUCAUUUCUAAAACACCAGCAUCUUAUGAGUAUUUUUUUGUCGCUGCAUUAAUUUUUCAUUAAUGGACAAGCCCAGCACAUCAUGAUUUGAAAAUAAGUGAUUUCCUCUAGUGCUUAUCAUAAGCAUCAGGCUAAAACCUGUGUUGAAUUGGUAUGCAAUCUAGAGUCAUGUACAUACAACCAGAGUUAAACUCAGAACCUUUGCCAUGUUGGCACCAUAGUGGCAUGUACGUGUAACUGCUGAUGUAUCACUGCACACUUUCCAUUAACAUAAUCCACCGCCACGGAAGAAACUGGAAGUACAGUGAAUGAUCUGUGUAACUGAGGAGGCAAAUUACCUCUUGCCCUCAAGCAUCAGUUCUGUCAAAAUGUUCCCGCAGGCUGAAACCUAUUCCUACAUGUAAUUCCAGAAAGGAGCCUGCUUUAAGUAAUGCGUGAAGUUGGGUUUGGCGUUUUCAGUGUCUGUCUCUACACCAUCUUUGAUGGGAAUGCUCUAAUUUUUUAACACACUUUUGAAAAUUCAGGAAACAAUGUUCCAUUUUUAAUUUCAGGACUGGAUUACACAAAGCUGCAGUCUAAUGAAAAUUAAUAUCGGAGACAAAUUGUAAAAAAGUCUUUGAAUUUUCUUGUUCAUACUGGUAGCUGCUGUUUAUGAUCAUUUGUUUAAUGUUCUUCCUGUUCUGUGUGGUUGAAAAUCGUGUGACAAAAUCAGAUUGUCAGGCAUGCAACUUGUCCUCAGAUCAGCUGAUUUCCUCAUUUUUCACUUGAACGCUCAUGUAAUUGAAAAAUGAAA